UGCUCUCUCCCAUUUACCACGGUACUGCAUCAUCUCCUAGGCUGAACCGUGUUGCUGCCAGUAUUUGCAGAUACACUGAGAUGCGUCAGAGCCCCCUGGCAGAGCUGCUGGAUCGCACAGGCUGCCGCUGGGAGAUUUAGUGUGUCCCCAGAGUGCCAGGAACAGGGAAUACAGGAAUACACACACGGGCACACGCGGGUGCGUGCGCGCAGCCCGGGGAGGUAAGUCCAACCCCCGACAGCGGGGCCACCCUUCUGCUGCUGGAUUUUUCCAGCCAGAGCAUCUCGCCGGCUCUGCUGUGAUUUAUGGAAAUCGGUUUCUGACGCGGGGCUUUUUCUGUUACGACAGGGACCCACGGACUGGAGGAGGGAGAGCUGCAGUCAGGGCAGGAGAAGUGAGGGAGAGGAAGAGGCUGGGAGCAGAGGGACACGGGGGACUGGAGGGGACAGACAGAGAAACCGGCACGGAGACACUUCAGAGAUGGGUGAGUUAUAACUAAGAGCAGGAAGAAAGUCAGAGAAAGCAAGAGAAGGAGAGCUGUGGGGAAGGGAAAGGAGAUCAGAGACUGAGUCAGCCUCCAGAGGGCAAACGCCAGGAGACGAGUUCAGGGAACACCCCAGCAUAACAAAAAGGACCGGUUCUGUCUGAAUCUUCACCAUGAGCACGAAGAAGAGCUGCCACCUGCCACUGGGGCAAGGAGACGAGGAGGAAAAGCAGAGUGAGGGUACUCCUGAGCUGGAGCGACAGGAGUGUGAGAUGGAGCUGAGGAACAAAGCUAUUCUGCAACAGAAGAGACGCCUUAAACAGGCCACCCAGUUUGUGCACAAGGACUCUGCUGAUCUGCUGCCCCUGGAUGGCUUGACAAGGCUUGGCACUUCCAAGGAUCUGCAGCCACACAGUGUGGUCCAGCGGCGCCUCUUGGAAGGCAAUCUGAACAAGCUACGGGUUCAGUCUGCACGGGUUCAAUCUCCGCUGGCAAAAGACCAGGAUGAAAAGAUGGAAAAGGGAGAGAACAGGAGAAAAGAGACUUCACCCCUGCUAAUACAGUGCCAGUGCCAAGGUCAGGUAUUGAAAGCGACUGUUAACACUGGGUGUCUACCGAACCUCAUCUCCAAGAGCUGUUUAAACCAGCUGGGGCUGGAAGAAGUGUCUGCCAUGGACUGUGGAGACCUCUCUCUUCCUAUCCCCAGCGUUGUUGGCCGAGUAGAACAUAUGGAGUUGCAAUUUGGCCCGGAGACAGUGUUGUGUUCGGCGCUGGUUGUAGAUGAUGAAAUGCUGGAGUUUUGCAUUGGUCUCCAGACUCUGUGGUCUCUCAAGCUGCUAGAGCUACAUUCUGUUACCUCUGCUGCUUCAUCAGAGAUCCUGUUGUUCACUUUAAGUGCUGCAGUGAAUUAUAGCACAAAGUCUUCUGCUCUGUCAUCUCCUUUCUUUCAACUUGAAACCCGGUGACUGAAUACAGAUACAUCAUCAGCCUCAAGUCCUGGCAUCACACAGCCCAUCAACUUUGGUACUCUUGCACAAAACAAGAACUGGACUUCCUUGCAGUACCCGCUCAGGUCAGAGAACUGUGAACUCAUCUGAGAUGUCAAGGGUGAUUAUUAAGUCACUUAAUAAUUGUGGGGGUUUUUUUAUAAUUUCCAUCCUAGAGUGUAGCUGUAUUAUUAAUCCAUGGUCUAUUCUUUACUAGCUCUAGGAAAGAUGCACUAGAUCAGGCCUUGUUCCAUGCCUUAUGACUACUGAUUCACUAUCCACACUCUCCAAAAUGUACCUUUUUCCACCCUUAAAAUGUCAUGAUAUCCCAAUUUUGCCUCUCUUUCUGGAUUAAAUACUGCUGACUCUCUUCCUUUUUUAUCAAACUGUUUGUGUUGUGUUUCUCAAAGAAGUUGUGUAUGCAUUUUUGCUUUUAUUCUGUUAGUUCUUUCCAAAGUCAGAUGCUGUAUGCUGUAGUUUAACACAUGCUAAGCACAGCAGAGUACAGCCUGACUGAUAUGAUUUGGGAUUCACUUACCAGUGUUAGUUGGUAUGACUAGCAUCUGCUCCUCCUACAUGGAGCAUAAGACUUCUACUGUUAGUCAUCACAUCUUGCAUCUUCUGAUCUUCUGAUCUGUUCCAUGACUUCUUUUCCACUCUUCUAGUUGUGCAUCUGAUUAUUUCUGCAUGAACUGCUUUCCAUGAAUCUCCUGAAUGGCACCAACAGUUCUCUCAUUUAGUCAGGAAACAUGCCUACUUGAUGAGUCUGUCUUCCAAAGUACCAGUAAUUCUUCCUGGAUUUGUAUCACUUGCAUGGCUAACUGGCUUCUCAAACCCAGGGCUCUUUAUGACAGUUUAGACUUGUACUAAACCAUCCUGUGUGUCAGCUGGAAUCUAUGUGGUACCUGGGUCAACUGCUGAAAAAAAUCUUAUUACUGAUAGAUGAAACACCUGUUCCUACAUGCAGCAACUCACCCAGUUUCCAACUCUCAUUGCCCUCUAAAACUAGCAUGUGGAACAAGGCAAAUAAUCUGUUAAUUAUCUGAUAGAUACCAUAUCCAUUCAAAUUCUUAUUAAAAAAAACGCAAACUCUAAACCAUAACCCUAAAGCUCACUCUAGCCCUAAUCCAAACAUUAAAUCACAACAAUGACUCUAAAUUUAACCCAUAAAGCUAAACAUAACAUUAAAUUUAACCCCUAAACCAAACUCUAACCCUAAAACUUAAUGCUAACCCUAACCUCUAAACCAAACCACUACGCCCUAACUGUAAAACUUGACACUAAUCAUAACCCCCUAAAUUUAACCCUGUAAUCCCAACUCUAACCAUCUAACUCUAAACCCAAAACAUAAACAUGAUUGUAAAGACACUAACUAUAAACUCUAAUCCCAAAACCUCACCAUAAUGCCCAACCCUAAACUCUAACCAUUAACCCUAAAACCAACCCUAAACCUAAACUCUAAAGCUUAAACCUAACUCUAAAUCCCAAACCAUAUAACUAAACCUAAUUCCUAACCCCAACUCUAACCAUAACCCUAAGCCUACACGUGACCUCAACCACCUAACCUCUGAAGGUUUUUGUCAGUGCCCUAUUUCCCUCCAGAGUGCCCUGGGGCUUUUGCUGGGUUUUGCU